CACUUUAUUUGUCGCAUCCCAGACCUUCCAGAAGAGAAAACGAAAACCAACGCAGCGUCGCAGAGCAACCAUGAACCGGGAGAAGACGGACAGUGGCAUACCAUACCUUCCAGAAGGAAUCAUCACAAACAUUCUUAAGCGACUUCCAGUGAAAUCUCUGAUCCGAUUCCGAAGUGUAUGCAAUCUUUGGAAGAACAUCAUCAACGCCCCUUCCUUCAUCACCGACCACCUCAACUAUUCCAGCCAUCAAAGCUCUUCUAUGAUUGCUGCCCACGAUGGUGCUUUGAUUGAAUACUCGCUCGACCGGGACAAGGGACUCCGCGAGGUUCAGGUCGGACCUCCGAUUGAUUCCGUCAGACCCCACCGGAUUAUCGGCUCCUACAACGGCCUGCUCUGUCUUCAAACCGGCCCGCUUUCUACCCUCUCUCCUACUCUUUCAAUCUGGAAUCCUGCGAUUCGAGAGGUUAUGCGGGUUCCUAGAAGUAGAGCAGCUAAUGAUGGUACUGUAUUUUGUAAUUUGGGAUUCGGAUUCAGUCCAUUUGUUAAGGAUUACAAGAUUGUGAUAACCUAUGAGACUUGGGAUAAUGCAGUUAGUGGAGUUGAAGUUUAUUCAUUAGCUACAAAUUCAUGGAAGAACAUAGAAUUCGGCUGUUUAGAUGGUAUAUGCUGUUUUUCUGUAAGCCUCGACGUUAAUGGAUCGAUCUUUUGGUUAGCAAGGAAGACGGGUUUGGAUCGAUCUCGGGUCAUAUUUUCUUUUGAUUUAGCAUUGGAAGAGUUUAAAUUGAUACCAACACCUCCUUUAUCGAGGGAUGAAGAACCUAAACUGAUUGUGUAUGAGAACAGGCCUGCCUUACUUUAUUCCUGUAUUGCUCGAAACUCGGGCAAUUCUACUAUUGAUUUGUGGGUGAUUGAGGAAGGCAUGGGUGCCUUUUGGAGUAAGAAGUUUACCUUUGGCCCUUAUCCAUAUUCUAUACACCCAUGCACAAUUUGUAGGAAUCAAAUUGUCUGCACUGGGGUGAUGUACUGUAGUAAGGUUCAACACAAAGAAGAGGGUGUGGGUGAUUCCCGCAUUAAAGUUGAUACUUUUUUUAUCAAUCUUGCUUCUCAAGAUAUUAAGGUCCUUGAUGAAAGCAGAUAUGGCUAUAGUGGUCGUCAUUCUUUUGAAUAUGUUGAAAGCCUUUUGUCCCUGAGCAAUAUCCAGCUUUGAUUCUAAUGCCUCAUAUGGACUAGAAAUCAGUUGAGAUGUUUAUAUUUUUGUGUUCUGUUUAUUCGUUAUUCAAAAGUUUAUUCACUAAACAAAUGCGUAUGUAUAGAGUAUUUUUAAGUGUUUGAGGUGUGUUCGUUUUAUUCUUGAUCAACAAUCUGGUUGUACUUUAUAUAGUGGGCAGAUGCUGAAACCUUUUUAGCUUCUAUGGGUUCAAUUGCCUAUGCGUUAGUUAUUUUCGGGGACUAAUUGCAUUACCUAUUUUUUGUUGAUUAAUUGAAUAGUUA